CCUCCUUUGAAAAUUCGUCUUUUCCGAUUCAUUCCAACGUCAGAAAGAUUGAGGAAUAAAUUAAAAAUGUAAUGAAACUCUAGUCAAGAAUAAAGGCGUGACCGUAUCAAGGCCUUAAAGAAUCUUUGGCCGUGAAUUGGUAUCGUUUCAGUAUGUGCAUAACAGCUUCAUUCAGCAAAAAUUAAUUUUUCUUUUCUCUUUUAUUUGUCGCUUCGUUUUUCCUUAAAAUUUUUCUUAAAAUAAAGACGCAAGGUCCUCAGAAGCCCAGGGCUACAAUCCAAAAGAUGGUUUCCGUGUUUUGAAUUGAUGAACCGAGACUCAUCAGACUGUCUGAUGAGUCUCGGUUCAUGUGCACUGCGACUCUUUUGAAGAAUGUCAUUAAUUUUCAAGGUCUUGGGACGUUUUUUCGUUAAGAUUCGGUAGAUCUUCUGGUCCGAUGGCGUGAAUCGCAUAACAUUCUUCGUAUGAUUCGGUAGGUAUAGAUUACAUUUUAAAACUUAGGUAUAAAUCGUUAUUAAAUAUACAAGGCGAUUAUCUCAGCAAUCAAGGUUGAAUUUUUAUAUCGGCGACAUAAAUUUGCAUACAUUUUUAGAGCUUUGAAGACUAGACAAUUCUCGCAGGUUGCAGCUUUUUUAUGAAUAUUUAUGAACGUUUAGUUCCCCUUGAAACGGCCUUGUACUUGUACGCCAUCUGUCCAUAAAACAGCGUGAAUGUUUUCCGUUUUAAGUUAAAACAAAGCACGGAAUUAAACAAGAAAAUUGAGCGCUCUAAUUUUAGAUUUUCAAAGUUAAUAUUAACGCAGAGAAUGCGUUAACAAGCAAACUUUUAUUCUCUACAUUAUGCAUUUAGUACUUCGAACAUUCAACGCUAGAGUUUUUACCAAAAGUCUUCUUCAUAUCUGUACUGGUUGCCCAGCUCUCAUGUGGGCCUGUAGAGAAUAGUCAAGGGAAAGAGAUAGGCGAUAAUAACAUCUUAAACGACAGAAUCUCGUAGUCGUCCUUCGGCAGUUGUCCAAAUCUUGUCCAAACUUUAACGAAUUUUCAGCUUCAGCAUAAGAAAAUGGUCCUCAAAUUCUGUGCCAAUUUGUCUUUCAUGUUUACAGAGAAAACGGACAAUUUAUUGGAAAGGUACCAACUAGCCUCACAGGCCGGAUUCAAAGCUGUCGAAUUCACUUUUCCAUACCAGUAUAACGUCGAAGAUGUAGUUAAGGCAAAGUCAGCUGCAAACGUGGAUCAAAUUUUAAUCAAUGCCUAUCCUGGUGAUUUGGAACGUGGUGAAUUGGGCCUUGCUAUCAUGAGCGGACGACAGAACGAAUUUAGAGAAAGUCUGGAGAAAACUAUGGAAUACGCAGCCGCAUUAGACUGCAAAAAAAUUCAUAUUAUGGCUGGAAAGAAAUUUUCCGGAAUUGUAGACACUGCAAUGGACGAUGUUUACAAGGACAAUCUAGAGUAUGCCGCCAAAGUUUUUAAAGAAAAAGGUUUCGUUGGUUUAAUUGAACCUAUUUCAGAAGUUGUGAUUCCCCAUUACUUUAUGAAUUCUGUCAGUAAAGCUUUGCAAUUGGUGAAAGAGAUUAACAGCGACUCGCUAAAACUUCAGCUAGAUAUUUUUCAUUUGCAGUUAAUUGAAGGCAAUUUGACCAACCGGAUUAAGGAGCUUUUGCCAUAUAUUGGCCAUAUUCAAAUUUCUCAAGCGCCAACUCGUGAUUCGCCUGACAGCGAAGGAGAGAUCAACUACCGCUACAUUUUGAAAUUGUUAGAAGAUCUUGGCUACGAGGGUUUCAUAGGGUUGGAAUACAAACCGACUAAAGCAAGUGCCGAUAGUAUCGGAUGGAUUAAAGAGUGGGGAUACUCUUUGUGAUGUCAGUAUCUAUGAACACGCAAAUGAUCGUAAAUAACUUGAUUUAGAAUUUUUAUGGGGUAUUAAGUUUUUGUACUUUUGGAAAAUAAUAAAUUUAUUUCGUGGUUAA